UGGCCGCCUCUUUGCGCCUGUGCAGUCUGAUGCGUAAGUGGAGGCGGAUCUUUUCCCGCCCCUCCGUUGGCUGCGGCAGCGGCGCUGCUGCGAUGGCGGCCCUGCUUGUAAACAAGCCCGGUGCCGGCAUCGAGAGCGGCAAGCACGGAACUCGAGGCCCAACCGUCGUUAAGGUUCUAGAAUGUGGAGUUUGUGAAGAUGUGUUUUCUUUGCAAGGAGACAAAGUUCCACGCCUGCUUUUAUGUGGCCACACUGUAUGUCAUGACUGUCUUACACGCCUUCCCCUCCAUGGAAGAGCAAUUCGCUGCCCAUUUGAUCGACAAGUAACUGAGCUAGGAGAUUCAGGUGUCUGGGGAUUGAAAAAAAAUUUUGCAUUGUUGGAGCUUUUGGAACGACUACAGAAUGGCCCUAUUGGUCAAUAUGGAACAACAGAAGAAUCAGUUGGAUUAUCUGGAGAGAGCAUCAUACGCUGUGAUGAAGAUGAAGCCCAUGUUGCAUCAAUGUAUUGCACUGUUUGUGCUACUCACUUGUGUUCAGAGUGCUCUCAACUUACCCAUUCUACAAAGACCCUUGCAAAACAUAGGCGUGUACCUCUGGCAGAUAAGCCUCAUGAGAAGACCAUGUGCUCCCAGCAUCAGGUGCAUGCUAUAGAGUUCGUUUGCUUGGAAGAAGCUUGUCAGUCCAGCCCUCUUAUGUGUUGUGUCUGCAAGGAAUAUGGAAAACACCAGGGUCAUAAGCAUUCAGUAUUGGAACCAGAAGCAAAUCAGAUCCGGGCAUCGAUUUUAGAUAUGGCUCACUGCAUACGAACUUUUACUGAAGAAAUCUCAGAUUAUUCCAGAAAAUUAGUUGGAAUUGUUCAACACAUAGAAGGGGGAGAACAAAUUGUGGAAGAUGGAAUAGGAAUGGCCCACACAGAACAUGUACCUGGUACUGCAGAGAAUGCUCGAUCCUGUGUCCGAGCCUAUUUUUCUGAUUUACACGAAACUCUGUGUCGUCAGGAAGAAAUGGCACUAAGUGUUGUUGAUGCACAUGUUCGAGAAAAAUUGAUUUGGCUGCGGCAGCAGCAAGAGGACAUGACUAUAUUGUUGUCACAGGUUUCAACUGCCUGUCUCCACUGUGAAAAAACACUGCAACAGGAUGACUGCAGAGUGGUCUUGGCAAAACAAGAGAUUACGAGGUUACUUGAAACAUUACAGAAACAGCAGCAGCAAUUUACUGAACUUGCAGAUCAUAUUCAACUGGAUGCUAGUAUUCCUGUCACUUUUACCAAGGAUAAUAGAGUCCAUAUUGGACCUAAAAUGGAGAUUCGGGUUGUCACUUUAGGAUUAGAUGGCGCAGGAAAAACAACCAUUUUAUUUAAGCUAAAACAAGAUGAAUUCAUGCAGCCCAUUCCAACAAUUGGUUUUAAUGUGGAAACCGUAGAAUAUAAGAACUUAAAAUUUACUAUUUGGGACGUAGGAGGUAAACACAAGUUAAGGCCAUUAUGGAAGCAUUAUUAUCUCAAUACACAAGCUGUUGUAUUUGUCAUUGAUAGUAGUCACAGGGACAGAAUAAGUGAAGCACACAGUGAACUUGCUAAGUUGUUAACAGAAAAAGAACUGAGAGAUGCUUUGCUGCUGAUAUUUGCAAAUAAACAGGAUGUUGCAGGAGCACUUUCAGUAGAAGAAAUAACAGAACUUCUUAGUCUCCAUAAACUCUGCUGUGGUCGAAGCUGGUAUAUUCAAGGCUGUGAUGCCCGAAGUGGAAUGGGACUGUAUGAAGGACUGGAUUGGCUUUCAAGACAACUUGUGGCUGCAGGUGUACUGGAUGUGGCUUAAAUUCACAUACAGCCCUUGUUUAAAGUUUGUGGUUAACUGUUAUUUGCACAUGACGGAUUGUAAGAAAUUCUGCAUUUCGAAGAUGGCAGUUAAUGUAGGAUUUGUGUUUACAGAACAAAAAGUUUGUAUCUUCCAUUGGGAAUUCAGUUCUUUUUUUAUAUUCGUUAGAGUAAACUAAAAUGUUUUCCCUAGCAGAUUAAGUUGGUUAUAAAGAUACUUUGAAUUCACAUCUUUUUAGAUGAAUUUGGACAUUUGAGUUUUCAGUGCAUUCACUACAAGCACAUUGAAACAGAGAGGAGGAAGGUUAAAUUACACAUGAGAUUGAUUUACAUUGAACAUUAGUCAUGCAAUUAGGAAAGGACAGCUAUUCCUGUAAAAUUGUCAUUUCAGUUAAUUUUCAUACUGUUUUACUCUUGAAUAGGGGAGUGACUUAAUGAGACCAAAACCAAACUGUACCUUCCACUGAAAUAAGACUCUUCAACCUGACUUUUUUAUGUUCAGUGAAAUAAAAAACCAAUAACUCUAAAAAUUAAACUCUAAAAUUAUAAAAAUAUUUUAUACUUAUUUCUUUAUUAAAAACCUAAGCUAAAGUAUACUUUAUAUUAUAAUAAAUGAGACUUAAUAAAAUUUUAUCUUCAUAGUCUGUAGACCAGGACUGGUUUUAUUGUACAGGCAAAAUAAGUACCUUCUUUUAGUUAAAAUAUAUAUGUAUAAUAAGCUGUGAAGAUCAGAUGAUUUCCAGUUCAUCUGUGAUUAUGAAAGAUCCAUUGUUAGGCCUGAACCUAGGUAAGCUGUUUGCUGCUUUCUAGGACACAACCUCAUAUUGGUGGUCCUUUCUGUUUUCAAUAUCCUUUAAAUCCAUUAGUGAUUUCAUAAAAUAUUAAUGUGCACUUUUGAUGUAGCACUGUCAGUGAAGCAGCUUUUUGUCACGACUAUUUAAAAUUGUAGCAAACUUAUUGAAAAUAGGGAUGGAUCCAGAGUGGGCUUUGAGGAAAAGAUACUUAGGUAUUCUGUUAGGAAAAAGCCUUUUACAGUAUGGGAAGUUUUUCAAAUGACAAGAUAUGUAUGUUUAAGCAAAUAUUUUCUCAGUGUGAGUACAUUUCUCAUAACAUUGUAUGAUAAGGUCAGCUCUUGUUUAUUUAACAAUAAAGGCCUUGAAAAUUUAACAUGUGGGGGAAUUUACAUGGAGAAAAUGAAAGAAAAACUGUUUACAUCCAGUUUGAUCAUGCAAUGUUUUGUAUAAAAGGUUUAAAAAAAAAUUUGUGGAAUUUUUGUUCCAGUUUUUCAUAUUUUAAAAUUAUCUUAUUAUGCAAGCAUGAUUCAUUAUGUGUAAAAGAUGUAUGUGGCCUGAUAUGUCAUUGCAUCAGUUAUUUUACAUAUUUAUACUCUUGCCUAUUUUUUUUUGUUUGUUUGUUUGUUUAGGAUGACAUUCUAUUUUUAUCCCAUCUAAUAUAUUCAGUGCAAUUCCCCUGAAUUGCAAGUGAAUGACUUAAGGACAGAAUGGUGACCUUUAAAAUAGUAAUUUUUUUUCCUUCAUUGAUGUAAAAUGUAUUUUUAUUUGCUUAAAAACAAAGUUUUUUUAUUAUUUAAAGAAACAAAACAUUCAAAAAAACCUUUAAAGGUUUCUGAAAAUAUGUAAAUAAUAUUUAAUCAUAUUUUAUCUUUUACUUUGUUAGCUUAAAGUAAAUGCUGUGCUGUAUGUGUUGUGUGUGUAUGUGUCUGUAUGCACACGCGCAUAAAAGUAUUAUUACAAAAUGUAAAUUAAUAUUUGACUGAUUGUAGUAACUGUGAAAAUACUGCAUUUGCCUGUAAGCUUUUGAACUGUUUUCUCUAUUAGAUACCCUGUUUGCUUUCUUUGUAUAAGUUAUUAUUCUCUAUGAACUGAUUUACUUGUGUAUUAUGUUUGACCAGUUUUAACUUAGUAAUUCACAAUCCUAGCAUCUUCCUGAAUAUAGUCUCUGAUAUGGAAUGUCGUUUUCUUAUGUUUAAACAGAUUCCAAUCUAUAUUUUGGGAGUGUGGGGGUUUGGGAGUUUGUAUUUUAAAGAUAUAUUUUAAAAUUCAUUAUAUCAUAAUUACCAGUAAUCUUUUGGCAAAUAUAGUUUAGUUAUUUUUCACUGCCUAAAAAAAUUGCACUACUAAAUAUUUUGAUUUAAAAAAAUUACCCUUGUGUUGUCAGUUAUGAGGUGAAUUAUUGGAGUUUAGGAAGCUAGAUAAGUUUAAGAGGGGGAUAUGUUGAAAUUUUGUGUUUAGUGUUUAUUAGGGACUGAGAUUAUACAUUCAGAAAAUUCCCAAUUAAAAAUCAUUUACUCCAACCUCCUAUUUUAGAGAUAAAACUAAAACCCAGGCAAGUUACAUUACUUGAUGAAGAUUAUUAUACUUGUUGAGUUGUGAGUAAAGCCCAGGUCUCCACAUUUGUAGCCAUACUUCCUUCCCUUCCCUUUUCUAUUUUAUCAUAGUAUCAUAGCACCUGAAAGAAGCUGCAGAGAAUACCUAGUCAAAUCCCCUUGUUUUCCAGAUGAGUAAAUCCAUAGGGGUUCAAUAAUUUGUCAUAUUAUUACACAGGUAGUAAUUUGCAGAACUGGGACUCUGAAACCAAGUCUUCUGAACCCAAGUACAAUAUUCUUUAUACAUACUGAUGUUCUUCAAUAUAAUUAAACUUUUUAAUGUCUAUUCAUUUUGAAAGCAAUUAAUUCACACUUAUUUCCUGAAAUAGCAUCAUUAAAUAGUUGUGUCCUGUGAAAUUUUUUCAUAAAUAAUUAUUAAUAUUUGAUAUUGUAGAGGAGUGGAAAGUAAAAUUUCCCAAGUGCCCCUUUAUUCAGGUUCCAAAAUCUUAAAAAAGGAUACUAAGAGUAAAAAAAGCCUUUAAUAGAAUUUUUUUUCCUGUUUUGUGGAUAUUAUUUUACAAAUUUACCACUGAAUUUUCUCUCUCUUUCUCUUCCUCCUCCUCCUUCUCUUCCUUCUCCUCCUUCUCCUUCUCCUUCUCCUUCUUCUCUUUUUCUUUCUUUCUUUUUUUUUCUUUUUUCUUUUUUUUUUUUUGCCGAGAUAUUUGGGGCUAAGUGACUUGCCCAGGGUAACACAACUAGGAAGUGUUAUGUAUCUGAGAUCUGAUUUGAAUUCAGGUCCUCCUGACUUCUGGAUUGGUGCUUUAUCUACUGCGCCACCUAGCUGCCCUGAAUUUUCUUAAAAUGAAUCGGUUUAGUACAAGCCUUUAAGUUAACUUUGCAGUUUUCAAGUCAUUUAACAUAUUUAUUGGAAAAAAGAAAACAGCACAAAAACCUUUAAAAAAAAAAUAGUAGAUUACCGAUAAGUUGCUGAUCUGCAAACACAAGCCUAGAGUCAGGAGACUUGGGUUUUAAGUCUUGGGUCUGCCAAUAAUUAACUAUAUCAAGUUUAAGCAAAGCAUGUGACCUCUGGGCCUCAAGACCCCUCAUAAAAUAUGGAUUUCAUUAAAGGAUCUCUGUACUAGGAGUUGAGACUGUUCUUUCAAAUUCAUAGUGGGAAAAUUAAUUGCAUUCUAAAUCUUCACUGUGAAAGACAGAAAAGAUAUGGAUAGUCCCAGCAACCCAAAUCUGAUGUGUAACAUCAUGAGCAGUGUUAUGUGCUGGUGGUUUUGUGAGUAAUGAUUUGGGAAGGGCGGGGGAGCACUAUGGUUAACAUAGGUUGCAGGUAAAUCAUUGAACUGCUUCCCCCACACAGAUGAAAUCAAAGGUCCCACUUUACUAUGUCCCCCAAAAUAUCUCAUGAAUAUUAAAUAAUCUAGGUUUUUAUGUUUAAGGAUUUUUGAUCCUCAAGAACAAUGGUGUCAGACUGCUGGCCCCAUAUUGACUUAGAAGACUAUAAAUUAACAGUAUUUGUAUUGUAUUUUUUUUUUUUUUGUUAAAAACAUUUCUCAAUUAUAUUUUAAUAUGGUUCAGGCAACACUUAGGAGAGUUUGUAGGGUGAUUGACAGCAGUGCUCUAGAAGACCAAUUUGAAUAAAGGAUGGUUUUAUAUACUUUUAAUACUGUCAAGUUAAGUUAUAAAUGUGUACAUAUGCACAUUUGCAUUGUAUUUACAUGAAGCAUUAUAAGACACUAUAAAAAUGGACUUAACAUUUUAAAAAAUGAUAGUAAAAACUAUUACCUAUUAGCUCUUUAAUAUAUUUGGUUAGAAGCAGAUUUUAAAUCAUUCUUACUAAUCCUCUGUGUGUAUUUUCUUGUAAUAGUGACUAGUGUGCCUUGUGGUCCAUUGGAAGUCAAAGGGCUUUUGUUCAUAUUCUACCUCUGUCAGUGACCAUGGGCAAGUCAUUUUAACACUUUGGGGUCUGUUUUUUUAAUCUCCAACAUAUGAAGGGGGUGCACUAAAUAAUCUUUAACUCCUUUCUAGUUCCAGAUCCUAAAUUAAGGUAAGAUUUCUUUUUGAUUAGAAUUUAUUCUAAAAUUAAUAACUAAUGACUACAUUAUAUCUAACAGGGUUAUCAUUACAUAGAAAUUGAAAUUGAGCCAAAAUUUAUUUUACACAUGAUAGAAAAUUCAUCCUCAGAAUUCAUUAUAUGGCUACUAUUACAAUGCAUUGAGUUAUUUCUUAUCAGUCAUCAAGUGGAAGUCAUUGCUAUGGGUUUUAGUUUUUGGCUUUGAAAAACUCAGUAGCUAAGUUUAGGAAAUAUGAAUGUACUACCAGAACAACUUAAAAUCCUGUUCACAGACACUCAAUUGGUCUUAAAAAAUUUAAGUGUAAUUUGUAUUUAAAAUGACUGUCAUGGAAAAUUUACUUAAAUUUUCUAAACGUUUACUAUAUUUCCUUCAUGGAACAGCCAAUUGAAUAUCAUAGCUAUUCAUUCAGAAAUGUAGUUUCUGUUAUAAGUUAAAAUUACUCAUAAUCAAAAGAGAAUAUUGAUAUAAGUACUUUAUAAUGUGACAAAAAAUUAAACUGAAUGACUCCUGAUUGAAAUCAGUAAGUGUUCACAUGAAGCUUUGCAGUAAGAGAAAAUUCUGUGUGGAAUACAGGUAAAACAAGGGAAAGCAUAAGGAGCUAUCAAUAAAUCAUUUAAUCUGAUCAAAAUUCUCUUUUAAAAAAUUCUUUUCUGAUAAAUCCAAAUUCUUUUAGAAAAUAAUUACAAACUGAAAAACAGUUAAUGAGCUUAAGUUACAUGGGUUUUGUUAAAAAUAUUAAUGAAAUGUUUAAAAUCCAAGAUAAGUUGCAUAUGACUGUAAUAGAAGAAAAAUGUGGCAUAUACAGACCUGUUUUCUCCUGCCCAUCUAUUCUAUGAAAGGACAAAAGUGGGGAAAAAAGUAUACAGAGAUAUUUUUCAAGUUUUCAAAAACAAGGUAAAAGCACUUUGAAGCCAUAAGGAGUAAAAAUAAGGAGACAUUGGGGAGUCUUAAUGAGAGAUAUCAAGUUGGAUUAUUUUGCUAAUUUAAUAGUUUGAUAUUUAUGCUCAUGUUUAUUUCAUGAAGAGAAAAAAUUCAGUUAAUUUAUAUCAUGAUUUUGGAUGAGGCACUACUGGCCCCUGGUAGCAUUACUACCAAAAUUCCAACUCAGGUUAGUUAUAAAGCUCAAGAGCUAGUAGCCUUUAAGAGGUCAAGUAACCUAAACACCCCAUUUUACUUAUAAGGAAAUUGAAACCUAUUAUCUUUCCUAGGGUCACACAGGUAGAAAAAGAUGAGAUCUCGACCCACAUUGUCAAACUGUAUAGCCAGUGUUUUUUCCACUAUCUUGUAGUUUGAAGAAUCAAUAGGAUCAUAGGAUUUGGAAGGGAAUUUAAGAGAACACUGGUUGUAAUAUGCCAUUGGCAUCUGAGAGGUGGGAGAUUAUCUAUGGACAGAAAGACUACACCAUGAUACACACAAAAGUAGCCACAGGACACCUUGCUAGAAUACAUGAAGUAGCCCUCAAAACAAAUACUUAGGAAAUACCCACUAUAUUCUAAAAUUUGCUAGAUAUAUGAUUCUGAAAUGUACACACAAGAGAAAUGUAGGUAAGAGUCCUAAAGGAAAAUGUGACAAUGCUUAGGAAAUGAGAGAAUGUUCAUUGCAGAGGGAGUUCCUGAGCUCAAAGGAUUUCCACAAACUGCAAUGAAGGGGUGUAUUCCAAGGAUGAAAAACACCUUCAUGAACUCAGAGAGGAAGCAAGAUAAUAAAGAGAAGUGCUAAUUGUCCAGUUUAGCUGCUGAAAUGGUAAAAUGGAAGCAGAUAUUGAAGGGCCUUAAAAUGCCAAGAAUUGAGAGGUUUCACUUCAGUCAGUAAGAAGCCACUGAAAAUUUCUAGAGCAGACCACUAUGGUUAGAUCUGUGCACUACAAAGGAAACAUACUUUUUGGGAUAUGUAUUGCUGAUUAAGUUGUUUUGUUUAACUAUGCUCAGGUGUCUGUGAAUGAUAGCGUGGAAGAGAGAACUGAGUAAGGCAGCCAGUAAUGAAGCUGUUACACUGUAAUAGAAACAUAGGUAAGAGUUGAUGAUUUAAUAAACUACAGUGGUGGUACUAUGGGUGAGAGUAGGUAAUAGGAAAGAUUGUCAAGGUGCAGGAUUGGAUUGAAUUGGAACCAAAGGUAUUGAUCAAACAGAUCUUAAGGUUCUUUGUGGAAUGACACAAAUGAAUGUAAAAUUCUAGUAAUUCUUUAAGUCAUUUAAAAUCUGCUUUUUAUUAUUUUACUAUGUUAUGUUUCCUUGAUAAUAAAAAUUAUCAAGCAAUAAAUCAAAUUUUAUAAAUCCAUAUAAAGUUUAAUGUAAACACAGCUUGUUUAUAACAUUGAAUUCACUGUAAUAUGUAGGUUUCUGCUCCUCUCAAAGUGGUAUUUUAAUACAGAUCCCAAAUAAUGAUGUGAAGUGCUGGUCUAUCUGAUUUUGCCAAGAGAUUUCCAACUUAAGUACACUUUAGAAAUAAUUUGAUAGGAAUAGAAGAAUGAACUAGUUUAUUUACUUUGUAGAAUAAAAAAUAAUCCCUUGAUGCUUGAA